AUGGUUAAUCUCAUCGAAGUCGAGGAUGAACACUUUACAUCCGAGAAGCCUGCCCCAACUCAAAAGGAUGUGCUUCUGGCAUCUGAUAACGAAGAAGAAGAUGACUUCACGGAUACUGAAUCCGAAAUCUCCACAGAAUCCGUUUUGGAAUUAGAAACCGAAACCCUUUACGAACGUGUCAUCGCUCUCAAAGAUAUCAUCCCUCCGCAAUCCCGCCGCCGCAUUACGGACACUGUUUCCGGCCUUUCAAACUUCACAAAGUCCACUCUCUCAUUCAGUGGCAAGGCUCUCUGGGUAAUCAGCACGAGCGCUUUCUUGCUCGGUGUGCCCUGGGCGCUGGCAUUUGCUGAGGAGGAGCAGUAUGUGCAGAUGGAGAAGGAGCAGGGGAUGAUGAAGGGUGCCAAUGAGAUGCUCACCCCUGGUGCCAAUGCUGCUGCUGCUCUCGGCGGUGCUCAAGAGCAGCAGUCGCAACCUGCUCUGUAA